AUGGAGACCACCGAGCACCUCCUAAUCACCUGCCCGUGGUCACAACAGCUCUGGGCGUGGGUCGCUGCUCGUUUCCGCUUGUCGGGAUUGCUACCUGCCUCCUGGCCACCAUGGGCGUCCCUUCAUGAGUGGCUCUUCAACCUCUCGGUUGGCACGGCUCAGAUCAAGCGCAACAAGUCAAUGGCGUUGAUGGUAUUAGGGUUCAUCUGGAAGGAACGAAAUGCUCGCAUCUUCAGGAGCAGUGAGCGGUGGGAUCUUGCAGCUGUUGAUUCACUCCCGAGCUACAUGAUAUCAUGUUACAAGGCUCUUUACACUAUCACAAGUGAUAUCGCCGAUAUAGUCAGAAAAGAGCAUGGAUUGAGCCCUAUCAAUCAUCUCAAGAAAGCAUGGGCAACUUUGUUUGAUGGAUUCAUGAUCGAGGGCAAAUGGUUAUCUACUAAUCAGAUCCCUACAUCCGAGGACUAUCUAAGAAAUGGGAUUGUCACUUCAGGAGCUCCACUUGUAUUCAUGCAUCUUUUAUUCAUGUUGGGGCAUGAAUUACCAGAGGGCAACAAUGACGACAUCCAUCGGAUCAUCUCCUGCCCUGCAAAGAUAAUGAGGCUCUUGGACGACAUGGGCAGUGCAAUGGAUGAAUCCCAAAAUGGGCUAGAUGGAUCAUACAAAGAGUUGUACCAAAGAGAAAAUCCUCGUGGUGAUGCAGAGAAACACAUGUUGGAGAUGAUCGGGAGUGAAUGGGAGGGUCUGAACAGGGAAUGCUUCUGUCCGACAAAGUCAACACUAUCGCAUAGCUUCAUGACAGCAUCACUAAACUUUGCGAGGAUGGUCCGCGUCAUGUAUGGCUACGACGAUGAGCAGAAGCUCCCCGUCCUUGAGGAUUAUACAAGGAUGUUGCUCUUCUAA